AUGCACUCUCCAAAGGAUUUAAAGGAUGCGAGUGUUACAAAUACAGAGUCAAAGUUCAAAAGGUUGUACUUGUGUUGGGGUCCAUUGAAGAAAGCUUUUAUGAAUGCUUUCAGGCCAGUCAUAGGAGUUGAUGGAUGCCAUUUGAAAGGGUCACAUGGUGGUAUUCUCUUGAGUGCUAUUGGGAUAGAUGCGAACAAUUGCAUAUUUCCAUUUGCCUAUGCAAUUGUUGAGAAAGAGAAGAAAAAAACAUGGUUGUGGUUUCUAGAGCUACUAGGACAUGAUCUGAAUAUUGUAAACUCUCAUUGCUAUACCUUCAUGAGUGAUAAACAAAAGGGUUUGAUUGGUGCAGUGGCUGAGUUGUUCCCAAAUGCUUCACAGAAGUAUUGUGUGAGGCAUUUGUACAACAAUUUUAAGGGUGAACACAAGGGGUUGGUUCUAAAAGAUCUGUUGUGGAAGGCUGCUAGGGCAACAACCGUUCCUGUAUUUACCAGAGUGAUGACAGAGAUUAAAGAAGUUGAUUGUAAGGCAUAUGAUUGGUUAGUUGAAAGACCCCCAAUUCAUUGGAGCAAGAGCAACUUUAAUACUUUUCCAAAGUGUGACCUUUUGCUAAACAAUCUAUGUGGAUGGAUUGGUAGUGAGCAAUUUGAGGUUAUAGGGCCAUAUGGUGAGCAAUACAAGCUGGACUUGCAAGCUUGGACUUGUGGCUGCAGGAAGUGGGAUCUAUCAGGCAUUCCAUGUGCCCAUGUUGUGGCUGUUACAAAUUUCUUGGGCCAAGAACCAGAAAAAUAUGUUCAUCAGUAUUACAAGGUGGAGACUUAUCUGAAGAUCUAUGACAAUAUGUUGACUCCUAUUAAUGGUAGAGAAAUAUGGCCAAGAACUGAGUAUGCAAAGUUGUUGCCACCUGAUGGUAGAGAAAUGUGGCCAAGAACUGAGUAUGCAAGUUGUUUCCACCUAAUGUGA